AUGACCUCAUUUUUUUAUUCUAAUCUUUCAAAAGAUUUUUCCUUAAUUUUAAAUGAAGCAGAUGAUUAUAAUGUUAUUAUUAAAGUUGGUGAAGAAGAAAAUAUAAAAGAAUUUCGUGCGCAUUCAGUAAUUUUACGUGCUCGUUCACCUUAUUUUAAAGGUGCCCUUUCAUCUAAUUGGAUUACAAAACAAAAUGAUAUGAUUUUAUUUAAUAAAACAAACAUUACACCAAAUGUUUUUGAAUUAAUUUUAAAGUAUAUUUAUAUUGGUGAACUUGAUUUAACUGAACAAUCUGGUGAGGAUAUACUUGAAUUGUUAAUUGCAUCGGAUGAAUUACUUAUUGAUGAAUUAUUUAAUUAUGCUCAAGAAUGUUUAAUUGAAAAAAAAAUUGAAUGGAUUUUAAAAAAUAUUUAUCUUGUUUUACAUAUUGCAUUUAAACUUGUUAAUUGUAAGAAAUUACAAGAUUAUUGCCUUGAAAUUAUUUGUAAAGAAACACAUUCAUUUAUUACUUCAAAUGAAUUUCUCUCUUUAGAUAAAGAUAUUCUUUAUAAAAUUCUUGAAAGGGAUGAAUUACAAAUUAAAGAAAUUAUCGUUUGGGAUUAUUUAAUUAAAUGGGGUAUUGAACAAACUCCUGGUUUAGGAAAUGAAAAUACUUUAAAUCAUUUAAUUAAAUGGGGUAUUGAACGAACUCCCGGUUUAGGAAAUGAGAAUUGUGAUAUAUCAUGGGAUCGCUUUAUUAAGUGGGGUAUUGAACGAACCCCUGUUUCAGGAAAUGAGAAAUGUGAUAGAGAAAAAUGGAAUAAUGAUGAUUAUGAAGCAUUAAAGGAAACAUUAAAACAAUUUAUUCCUCUAAUCCGAUUUGUAGAAAUCACUUUUGAUGAUUUUAAUGAUAAAAUCAAACCAUAUAAAGAUAUUAUUCCUAAUCAAAUUUAUGAAGAAAUUGAAGAAUUUUAUAAUAAAGGUAUAUUUCCAAAAAUAAAUACAUUACCACCUAGAAUAGGAAAAUUUGAUUCAAAGAUUAUCAAACCAAAACUUGCAAAAAUAAUUAUUAAAUGGAUUAAUAAAGAAGAUUUUUGGAUUUCACGUUAUAAAUUCAAUCUUAUUUAUCGUGGUAGUAUAGAUGGUAUUAGUAAUGAAAUAUUUAAAAAUAAAUGUAAAGGAAGAGUAGAAAGUUUAGUUUUAAUUAAAGUUAAACAAAAAAAUAAAAUUUUUGGAGGAUAUAGUAAUAUUGGAUUUAAUUCAAUUGAAGAUAAUAAUAAUAAUAUUAUUAUGUCAAGUUUUUAUGGUAAUGAAUUUUCAAAAUUUUAUUAUUCAUCAAAUAAUUUUAUUUUUUCAUUUGAAAAUGAUGAAAAUAAUAAUCAAAAUAUGAAAUUAAGUAGAGUAAUAAAUUAUGAUAAAGCUAUAUAUGAUUUUCAUGGAACAGGUUUUGAUUUUGGUUUUAAUUCAUUAUUUAUGUAUAAAGAUCAAUUAUACGCUAAUAAUGAUAAUAAUAAUUAUGAAAAUAAUUUAAAUACAAAAGAAGUUUAUGAUAUUGAAGAAAUUGAAACAUUUAUUGUAAAUUAA